AAGAAGCCCCUCACUUGCGACCCCCAAAAAUGGAAGCUUUGACGCAGCUGAGCAUCGGAAUCUAUAACCCUCGCUUGCUCUCACCUCCACCGGCCAAAAGGCCGUUCAUUAGGACCCACGCCGCCGUCAGCGGCGGCUCCACCACCACCACCAGCAAAUGGGCCGACCGCCUCCUCGCCGACUUCCAAUUCCUCCCUUCCACUUCAGACCCUUCCGACUUCACAUCGGCGGCGGCGCCGCCUCCCCUCCCUUCGUUCCCCGAGCGCCACGUGUCCAUGCCAUUGGACUUCUACAGAGUCCUCGGUGCCGAGUCGCAUUUCCUCGGCGACGGCAUUCGGCGCGCCUACGACGCUAGGGUUUCGAAGCAGCCGCAGUACGGGUACAGCGACGACGUUUUGAUUAGCCGGCGGCAGAUUCUUCAAGCUGCUUGCGAAACAUUGGCUAAUCCUAGUUCUCGAAGAGAGUACAAUCAAGGCCUCGCCGAAGAUGAAUUUGAUACUAUUCUCACUCAAGUGCCCUGGGAUAAGGUCCCUGGAGCAUUGUGUGUAUUGCAAGAAACUGGUGAGACGGAGUUGGUUCUUCGAAUUGGAGAGAGCUUGUUGAAAGAGAGACUGCCCAAAUCAUUCAAGCAAGACAUUUUGUUGUCGAUGGCACUUGCUUACGUUGAUUUUUCUAGGGAUGCUAUGGCACUGUCACCCCCGGAUUUUAUUAAAGGCUGUGAAGUGCUUGAGAUGGCGCUGAAGCUGCUUCAGGAAGAAGGUGCUAGCAAUCUUGCUCCUGACUUGCAAGCGCAGAUUGACGAGACCCUUGAAGAAAUUAACCCCCGCUGCGUUUUAGAGCUCCUAGCCUUACCACUUGGUGAUGAGUACCAGUCAAAACGAGGAGAGGGUCUUCAAGGUGUGCGGAAUAUUCUGUGGGCCGUGGGAGGAGGAGGUGCAGCUGCUAUUGCUGGAGGAUUCACACGUGAAGAUUUCAUGAAUGAGGCUUUUCUGCGCAUGACAGCUGUAGAACAGGUUGAUCUCUUUGCCGCUACCCCAAGUAACAUACCUGCAGAAAGUUUUGAAGUUUACGGAGUGGCACUUGCUCUAGUUUCUCAAGCCUUCAUAAGCAAAAAGCCUCAUCUCAUUCAAGAUGCGGACAACCUUUUUCAACAACUUCAGCAAACCAAGAUCACAUCUCUUGGGAGCUCUUCAUCUACCUAUAGUGUCCGAGAAAAUCGUGAAAUAGACUUUGCACUCGAAAGGGGUCUCUGUUCACUUCUAGUUGGAGAGGUUGAUGAAUGCCGAACAUGGUUGGGUUUAGAUACCGAAGACUCACCUUUCAGAGAUCCAUCCAUCAUUAGCUUUGUUAUCGAACACUCUAUGGAUGACAAAGAAGACGAUCUCCUUCCUGGACUCUGCAAACUAUUGGAGACAUGGUUGAUCGAGGUUGUCUUUCCUAGGUUUAGAGAGACUCAAGAUGUCAGAUUCAAGCUCGGAGAUUAUUACGACGAUCCGACGGUUUUAAGAUAUUUAGAACGACUGGAAGGUGUCGGGAGUUCGCCCGUGGCUGCCGCUGCAGCCAUAGCUAAAAUUGGGGCGGGGGCCACUGCUGUGCUUGAUAGUGUGAAGGUUAGUGCAAUUCACGCACUGCAGAAAGUUUUUCCGAUUGGGAAUGGGGAAAAGACUGAGCGAAUUUACGAGGAGAGUGAGAUGAAGAGUUAUAAUCUGCCUUUCGAUUCUGACGAGACUGGUGUUCGUAUUGAUCAAGGUGAUACUUACGUGGUUGGGAUAAAUGAGGCCAAUCGCUCUGAUGGAUUAGAGCAGCAAGAUAUUACAGACAAGAUAAAAGAUGCGACUGUGAAGAUAAUGUGUGCUGGAGUUGCAGUUGGUUUGUUGACUAUAUUGGGGUUGAAAUUCCUGCCAUAUCGAAAUGUGUCUUCCAAACUCCAGAAAGACACAAGCUCGGCGGUUGUGGCUUCGGAUGUCACCAAUGUGGGGGCCUCACCAGUUGAAAGUUCUGAUGAAAUACCUCGAAUGGAUGCAAGGUUUGCGGAAAGUCUCGUGUGCAAGUGGCAAAACGUCAAGUCUUUAGCUCUUGGUCCUGAUCAUUGUCUUGAAAAAUUGUCUGAGGUAUUGGACGGUCAAAUGCUAAAGAUCUGGACCGAGAGAGCUGCGGAAAUUGCACAACACGGGUGGUUUUGGGACUACCAACUUGUGAACCUGAAUAUCGAUAGUGUAACCGUGUCUGUUGAUGGCCGUCGUGCUAUUGUGGAAGCAACUUUGGAAGAGUCUGCACAGCUAACAGAUGUAGCUAAACCAGAACACAACGACUCGUAUAGUACAACUUAUACUACACGAUAUGAAAUGUCUUGUGCCAAAUCCGGUUGGAAAAUUGUCGAAGGAGCUGUGCUCAAAUCGUAAUUUCAAUUGACCUUUGUAAAUGCUUCUGUGUUUCUGUAAAUUAUAUUGUUUGUUUCUAUUUUUUGGCAUCUACAUUAUGAUAAUAUUGUUUUUUUUUUGUUUUUU